UUGAAUAAAGUACCAACAGUUUAUUUUUUUGUAAUCUGCAUGUAGUUUAUGUAUAUGUGUAACGUGAAAUCAAACUGCAGCAAAGUGUCUAAGCAUUUAGCAAAAUAAAAUAACUAAAAUAAAAUAUAAUGAUUUUAAACAUUAAAAUGUUUUAAAGACGUAUUAAGCAACAUACAAGUUAACGCUUCGUAUACAAUGAAAAUGGCAUUGUAAAUUUGAACAUACAUUUGCAAUAUGAGCAAGUUAUGAUGAAAAAUCGAUAACUCCAAAAAAAACUUUAUUGUGUAAGAAAAUAAGUUGUUGCAAGACGACAGUAAUAAAAACACAACCAAAAUGUCUUCGUGAAGCAAGAAAAUCAAAAAUUCUUUGUUUCACCAACCAUAUUGAAAGAACUGGACGGUGAAGGAAAAUUAAAUUCCGCAAACGUAAAACACCAAGAAAAUAUUUUUUAAAAACAAUUGCAUUUCGUCACUCGUAUUUUUUGCGAAAGUUGAAAUUUUUGUGAUAACUUUGUAAAAGUACAAAUUAGUGGUAGAAAAUAACAAAAAAACACAGAGAGCUCUUAGACUAAUAAUAAACGUAAAUUAAAUGUUAAGUAACAUAAACAACGUUACAAUAAGUACCAACAAGUUUUUUUUAGUGCAAUAGCGAAAUUUUUUCUACACAUUUAAAUAAAAGCUUAAACUGAUACAACAUUCCUGCGCAACAUAAACCAAAAUGGCUGUCAAAAUGUACUAGGCCAGCCCUCACAAUGUCUGUCCCUGUACGCUACUCUGCUGCCGCCAAUUACGCCGUCGUUGAUAGUGGUUUGUCAAAUACUCUACAACAAGAAGAGCAAUACCACCAACACCAACAGCAACAACAACAUCAACAGCAGUUGUAUUGCCAAUUUGUCGCUAACGCCAACGCCAACGCCAACGCUAACGUCAACAACGUCAAUUUCAGUUUGGGCGAGUGCAAUAACUUCGUGAACGGCAAUAUAAACGGCUUUGACGUGCAGCAGCAGUUGAUGCAGCAGCGGUCAUCGAUGUCGUCGUCGGUUUCGCCAAUAACUGGAUUACCCGCCAACAUCAACAUUAACAUCAACAACAACAACAUCAAUCAUCACCAUCAUCAUCAUCAGAUUUCACCCUUAAACAUGGACAAUAUGAAUAUCAAUAAUAUUGAUGUCCUGCAAGAGGAGGAAGAGGAUCAUCAGUUGCAUUACCAUCAGCAUCAUUUCGAUAAUCAGUCGGCAUGCGAGCAAUCGGAAUUGCCGUUAAACAGCAUGAUGGGCGGCGAGACAGUGGCGGAAGCUAUGAACUCAACGAUGUUGGCGGCAGCAGUAGCGAAUGGUAGCGGUAUUGCAGCAAUGCAUACUGUGGAUGUAGAUGUGGAUGAGUGGAGGAUGUCUGACGAGGGCCGGUAUGGGACACCGGGUGCUGCUGGCUUGGAAUAUCAAAACUAUGAGCUAGAACAACAACAACAACAAACACCUGCUAACAUGAUGAACAACCCAUUGGAGUCUUCGUUAAUGGACAAUGAGAAUAGGAAUAUGAAGAUGAACAACAAUAAUGCCAAUAAAACUGGCAACAACAGCAGCAGUAGCAACAGCGAUGCCAAUAGCGCCAAUGAUGCCCCAAAUUCGCCUAAGAAGGAGAAUGAAUUAGUCGGUUUGUCAUCCGAAGAACUGUAUCGUAUGUUGAACGAAUACAAUGUGCUGCAGGAUAAAUACUAUACUGUAUUGCUGAUGCCGAGAGAAUCCAAGCGUGAAGUGACGGCUGGUGGACGUGAUGGCUCCGCGUAUGUUUUACGUUGCCUUAAAAUGUGGUACGAGCUGCCCUCCGAUGUGCUAUUCUCAGCAAUGAGCCUUGUGGAUCGCUUCCUUGAUCGCAUGGCUGUGAAGCCGAAGCAUAUGGCCUGCAUGAGUGUUGCCUCAUUUCACUUGGCUAUUAGGCAGCUAGGACUAAAACCAAUACCUGCGGACGAAUUAGUGACUAUUUCACAGUGUGGUUGCACUGCUGGCGAUUUAGAGCGUAUGGCUGGUGUUAUCGCCAAUAAAUUGGGUGUACAAAUGGGCACCACCCCGGUCACUGCCGUUACCAUCCUGCGCGUUUUUUAUGCCCUUUUCCGUAAUUUGGCAAAGGAGGUAUGCGAUGAAUUCUAUGAAUUCUAUCAACGUAUGAUCAAGUUGGAAGACUUGGAAAAUCGUUUGGAGAAUUUGCUAUGCGAUGUCAAGACUACAGUUAUAGCACCAUCAACAUUGGCAUUAAUACUGAUGUGUCUACAUUUGGAUUUCCAUAUUAAGGCGUCCUAUAAACGCGAACGGCCCGAAUUAAAACCCGUAUUCGAGUAUAUACUUUUCCUGCAGCAAUAUUUGCGGAUUCCCGAUCGCGUAUUCAGCUGUGGCUUUUCCAUUGUUGCUGAGAUCCUGUCUCACUACAACGGUCAAAACAAGCAGCCUUACAAGCAACGCUUGGUUUGGAAAUUGUCCAGCCGCACAUUGAAAGUAUUGCGUCCAACCAAUCGUUUUUCAACCGAUCUACCCACCAUCGAUGAAGGCCAAGUGAAUGUCAUGGAUGAAGGCUGUCGUUCAAGAACUGAAAGCAUUAGCUCCGAGGAGGAGGAGGACUGGCCCACAUCACCCAUUAUACCGAUCUUUGAACAGUGUUAGUACCGUACACACGCAUAAGAGGAUGCGAACAGAACAUCAGAUUUUUGCUUACGAACUCAACAAAUAACUGCAGGAUAUUUUUUUCGGUAUAUUCGGAUAGUUUGAGUAGAGGAGUACGCAAAAAAGUUGCGAAAAGCAGAAAAAAAUUGUUUCAUAUGGAGACGCAUUGUUGUUGAACGCAUUGCAAUUGAGAGAUUACAGUGAAAUGCAAUACGAAGUUGAGAAGCACGAGAGAGCAGCAACAUGAAACAGUAAAGCAACAACACCAACAACAUAUCCUGCACAUAAAAACAAGAAACAACAGAUAUUUUGCUUUUUGAAAGGAAAAAAAUAUUUAUAGUAAACAACAAAAGGAGUAACAGUCAAAUCCGUAAGCGAGGAAUCAACAGUUUUUUAAAAAGAACAAAAACUAAAAAAAAACAAUUUUUUUAACAAUAACACCCGGCUCCCCACUCUGCGAUGUGUGUAUAUUUUGCUAUGCAUCAUAAUUACGAAAGAAUUCUUAUUUGUUUUAGUGUAUGUAUAUACGUACGGUAGUAGAAAUGUUUAGAGAGGAAAAACAAAAACAAAAACAAAAAAUAUAUGGGUUAGAAGGCGCAUAUGUGUGACCACGGCCAGUCAGACAGCUAGAACGGUGCGUAUGUAUAGGGAAGAUGUUUAAUUCUAUUUCAAAACUUAAGGAAAACAACAAAAAACACAAACAAAAAAAAUUAAAAACAUAAAUAUGAAAAAAAAAAAAAUCAAAAAGCAAAAAAGAAACUAAAUAAAUGUUGCGGACCAUCAUACCAAGGAUUGAUGCCGUUCCGAAGCAUUUUUUCAAGGAACCGUAGAAGUGAGUAGUAAAAAUUCUUGGCAGAAUACGAAUUCACAGCAAAACCUACGAACAUAUUUCGUUUUAAACGAACCAAUUAAGCUAACACCUUGUACAUUUGUUAAGUAUUUUAGCUGUGUCUGUAUUUUAGCGGAACAUGCUAAAAGUGUUGCGUAUGCGCGCACAGCUGGAAUACCGACAAAUUGCUGUUGAUGAGAUGAGCACGUGUCGUAUGCCAACGGGACACUGCAUUUGGGUUCGCUCACACAAAAAAUAUUCCAAAACA